AUGCCUUGGUAUGAAUUAAAUCUGCAUAUACACAACGUGGAAAAACCCUGGGUUAUAGAUGCAUCAAAAAAUUUUGAAAUAUUAAAGAACGAUGUACAUCAGCUUGCUUCAUUGACAUCUGGUAAUGAAAAAAGACUAUGGGAAGCUGUAAAGAGCGAGUUGAAUGAAGUAGACGUAAAAGACUUAGAAUAUGAUCAUCCAUUAUGUUCGGGUAUAUUGGAUGACACCUCAAAAUCUCUUACAAAUAUAUCAGAAGAUUUCCGCAAUAUUUUUAAUGCAUCAAGCAAAAAAUUUUUAAUACCAGCGGACGAGACAUUAAAAAAUAUUUGUGGGAAUUUCGUAAAAGAAAAAGAAAGUGCUUCUAAGAGGGUUCACACAAAAUUUGGCAAUGCAAACUUCGGUGUAUUUUUGGAUGCGCGAGAAAAACUUCAAGAAAUGACGAAUCAAAUGUUAACAACAUUAAGCCGAGUUUGGGUUCCUCCAAAUUGA